AUGCCGCGAGACCUCAAGCUCAAAGCUGCUCUGGAACGACACAAAGGCGUCAACCACAAACUGGAUCGUCAGAAAAAGCUGCAAAAAGAUGCAGAAAAGAGGAAGAAGCAGAAGAAGCAGUCCACGGUCGAUGUCGGCGCGCUGGAUGAUGCUGUAGCGAGCGAGGAGGAGGACGAUGAAGCACACUCGCUGGCAGAAGAUCCUUCAGAGCUGCAACGGGAAAAGAUCGCAGCGAAUGGAGCGCAACUCGCAGAGAAAGCGAAUGGAGAGGCGGACGGAUGGGAGACAGAGGAGAGCGAAGAUGCGGACGACGACGAGGAUGCUGAAGGUGGUAUUCAGAUUGGCGCCAUGGAAGACGAGUCUGACUCGGACUCUGAGCUUGGAGAGGAAGAAGGCGAGGAGGAUAUACCGCUAUCAGACAUCGAAUCGCUGGCAUCUGAGGACCGAGAAGACGUCAUUCCCCACCAACGAUUGACGAUCAACAACACGUCUGCGCUGCUACGCUCGCUGAAAUCGUUCGCCCUCCCGUCCAGCUUACCGUUCUCGGCCGUACAGUCUGUCACAUCAGGCGAGCCGAUCGAGGUCGUAGAUGUGGAGGACGACCUGAAGCGCGAAGAGGUGUUCUACAAUCAAUGUCUCGAGGCUGUGUCAGAAGCAAGGAGUCGAUUGAAGAAGGAGGGUGUUCCGUUCAGUCGGCCCACAGAUUACUUCGCUGAGAUGGUCAAGUCGGAGGAGCAGAUGGGCAAGGUGCGGCAGAAGCUCUUAGAUGAAGCUGCUCGAAAGAAGGCCAGUGCAGACGCGAAGAGGCAGAGGGACCUCAAGAAGUAUGGCAAGGCAGUGCAAGUAGCGAAACUGCAGGAGAGGCAGAAGGAGAAGAGAGAUACGCUGGAUCGCAUCAAUACGCUCAAGAGGAAACGACAAGGCGCAGACCUGACGACCAACGAGGAGGACAUGUUUGAUGUAGCAUUGGAGGACGCCGCAGUCACCGCGAAGAACGACAGGGCAGUAAGGAGAGCGAAGGGUCCAGGCGAGGCACCGAACAAGAAGCGCCAGAAGAAGAACGAGCAGUAUGGGUCUGGUGGAAAGAAGAAGUACAAGAAGAGCAAUGAUGCGCAAUCAACCAACGACAUGAGCGGGUACUCGGUGAAGAAGAUGAAGGGAGGAAAGCCAGGCAAGCAGAGACCCGGCAAGAGUAAGCGCGCGAAGAUGUCGUAG